CCAUAUAAAACAUAUUUCAAGUCCGCCUUCUUUCUCUUCCCCUCCCUUUCUGAAGCACGCGCGCACACACACACACACUCUCGCAAAUCCAAAAAACCAUAUCUUUUUGUUUUCACAUCAAAAUCCGCUCUCUAAACCCUAAAUUUAUCCCUAAUUUGUAUUUCGAAGCCUCUCCUUAAUCCCUCAAAUUAUCGUCAUUGUUCAAGUUUCAAGCACAAAUCGAAAAUUUAGAAACGGAAAUUUCCUCGGACGAAAUCGGUUUCUCAAGAUUUAGCUUCUUUCGAGCUUCUUUGGCUGCAAUUUUUGUCUCGGGGUUCGAAGAGUUUUCGGAGAAAGUGUAGUUUCGAAGUUGAUUGGAAGUGAUUUUUUGUUGGAAUCUGAAGGGUUUUCGGCGAAUUAAUUGCCUUUUCGAUCCUCAGAAUAGAAGGGAUUUGGUCGAGCAAGGUAUUUGUUCAUUGUCUUUCACAAGAACUUGGCAGCUUGUUUUUGGUGCUUGUAUUGGUUCAUAGGUUAUUUCAUAGAUUUUACUGAUUAUUGAAUUUGAAGGAGCUAUCAUGGACUAUGAGCUUUCUGAUAGCAGUGGAACAGAUGAUGACCUCCCUUCUUCACAUCAGAAUAGGUUUCAAAGAGGGGGUCGAACUGCUGCAGGAAAUGGAAGAUCAACAGUUGUUGGUUCUAUGGGCAAUGGAAGAUCAGCAGUUGCUCCUUUGCCUAGGAUUCAUGGUGACAUGGAAACACAAAUCCAUCUCAUUGAGCAGGAAGCAUACAGUUCGGUCCUGCGGGCCUUCAAAGCUCAAUCAGAUGCUUUAACUUGGGAGAAGGAAAGUUUAAUUACUGAACUCAGAAAGGAGUUGAGAGUGUCAGAUGAGGAACAUAGAGAACUUCUAUCAAGGGUUAAUGCUGAUGACAUGAUCCGGAGGAUAAGAGAAUGGAGAGCAGCAGGUGGGAUCCAGCCUGGAAUGCUCAGUACAAGUCAGCCUAUUCAUGACCCUGUACCUAGUCCUUCAGUAUCAGGAUCACGCAAGAAACAGAAAACAUCACAAUCUGUAGCUUCAUUAUCUAUGGUUGCACCAUCUCCUGCGCUGCAUCCAUCCAUGCAACCAUCUUCAUCAGCCCUGAGACGAGGUCCUCCCUCAGGUGCAAAGAGCAAGAAGUCAAAAUCAUCGACGCAGUACACUUCCACAGGUCUUCCUGGCAGACCCCAGGCUUCUAACCGUAUGUCUUCUGGGGCCUUUGCAACAAAUGAAUCUGCUGAAGCAGCACCAUAUGAUCCAUUAAUCGGAAGGAAAGUUUGGACAAGGUGGCCUGAAGACAACCAUUUCUAUGAGGCUGUUAUUACAGACUAUAACCGACUUGAGGGGCGGCAUGCUUUGGUUUAUGACAUUAAUACAGCAGAUGAAACUUGGGAAUGGGUCAAUCUCAAAGAGAUAUCUCCUGAAGAUAUUAGAUGGGAAGGUGAUGAUCCUGCAAUAUCCCGUAGAGGUGGCCGUCCUGGACCAGGCCCUGGGAUUAAGAAGUCCAUGGCUUAUGGUGGUGGGGUGGUUGGAGCAGGAAGAGGUAGGGGGAAUUUAAAGGGUCAGGGCAAAAAGGAUUUCCCUUUGACACAAAAUGGUGUUGGGAAAAAGGUUUUGGGUGAUAUUGAGAUACUUCAUACAGAUACUCUAAUUAAGGAGGUGGAAAAAGUUUUCGGUGCAAACCAUCCUGAUCCUGUGGAGAUUGAGAAAGCUAAGAAAGUGUUGAAUGAACAUGAACAAGCCCUAGUUGAUGCAAUUGCCAGACUCGAAGAUGCUUCCGAUGGUGAAAGUGAUGGGGAGCAUCCGUAUCUCUCAAGGACAAUCAAUGGAUCAACCAAGGGCAUGGAGAAAACUGCAGUUUGAUGAUAAUGAUAUAUGCCAUUUUAGCCAUAGCAUAUUUUAUGCAUUCAGCAGCAGAAGCUUUUUUUGUACCCUGUUUUAUGAUACUCUUAUAUCAGCUAGGCUAAAAUGCCUUUUUUCCUUUGGUACAUAAUCUUUUUAGGCAGAAGGUUCAUUGGGUUUAGUCUCAUUUGUAACUUGACUUUUAACUUGAAAAAUGCUUUGUAUAAAAUUUUUUUAAAUGCUAGUGAAUGAUAAUAUUCUGACCUUGUAAAA